AUGGCCGGCCUCAACUCCCUGGAGGCGGUGAAGCGCAAGAUCCAGGCGCUGCAGCAGCAGGCGGACGAGGCGGAGGACCGCGCGCAGGGCCUGCAGCGGGAGCUGGACGGCGAGCGCGAGCGGCGCGAGAAAGCUGAAGGGGAUGUGGCAGCGCUCAAUCGACGCAUCCAGCUCGUUGAGGAGGAGUUAGACAGAGCUCAGGAACGCCUGGCCACGGCCCUGCAGAAGCUCGAAGAAGCAGAAAAGGCUGCCGAUGAGAGCGAGAGAGGAAUGAAGGUGAUAGAAAACCGGGCCAUGAAAGAUGAGGAGAAGAUGGAGAUCCAGGAGUUGCAGCUCAAAGAGGCCAAGCACAUUGCAGAGGAGGCUGACCGCAAGUACGAGGAGGUAGCUCGUAAGUUGGUCAUCCUGGAGGGCGAGCUGGAGAGAGCAGAGGAGCGUGCCGAGGUGUCUGAACUAAAAUGUGGUGACCUGGAAGAAGAACUCAAGAAUGUCACUAACAACCUGAAAUCGCUGGAGGCUGCCUCGGAAAAGUAUUCUGAAAAGGAGGAUAAGUAUGAAGAAGAAAUUAAACUUCUGUCUGACAAACUGAAAGAGGCCGAGACCCGUGCUGAAUUUGCAGAGAGAACAGUUGCAAAACUGGAAAAAUCUAUUGAUGACCUGGAAGAAAAACUUGCUCAGGCCAAAGAAGAGAACGUGGGCUUACAUCAGACACUGGAUCAGACGCUAAAUGAACUUAACUGUAUAUAA